UGGUCAAACUCUGGUUUUGUAUUAUGCAGACAGCAUUAUAAUAAUGCAUUCAUGUCUUUACGCUACAAUAUGCAAUUCCAACGUCAAUAAACAAAAAAGAAACCCGAUGGCACAGAUUACCAUAUUCAAGCAAAAUUACAAGACUUGAUUCAAGACGAUUCCCAUUCUAAUAAACCAUAAAUAAAUUCACUCUCUUGUGAGAAAAGAAGAAGGCAGUAGAUAGAGAUUGAAAAUGGCGUCCCUUCAUCAUCUUCAAACAUCAAGUUUAUUCUUCUUUGGGUUUCUCUGUUUCUGGGUUUUACCAUUUACAGAAUCAUCAUCUCAAAGAUCAGCACAGGAUUUGGAUAAGAUAGAGUAUUUGCCUGGCCAGCCAAACAGUCCCUUAAUCACCCAAUACUCUGGCUACAUCACGGUUAAUGAGUCUCAUGGAAGGGCCCUCUUCUACUGGUUCUUUGAGGCUCAAUCUCAGCCGUCCAUCAAGCCUCUUGUCCUCUGGCUGAAUGGAGAAAGUAUUUUUGAAAAUGUUAUGCUACAUUUGGUAAUAACUAAAGGACCGGGUUGCUCAUCAAUUGGAUAUGGAGCUGCUUCGGAACUGGGUCCUCUCAGAGUUGAGAAAAAUGGGGCUGCUCUCCGAUUCAACAACUAUUCAUGGAAUAAAGAAGCCAAUUUGUUGUUUGUGGAGUCUCCGGUAGGGGUUGGAUUUUCUUACACAAACACAUCCUCCGAUUUGAAUCAACUGGACGACGAAUUUGUGGCUCAGGAUUCCUACAACUUCUUGGUUAAUUGGCUAGAGAGAUUCCCGCAGUUCAAGGAUCAUGAUUUCUUCAUAGCAGGGGAAAGCUAUGCAGGACACUACGUUCCCCAACUCGCUGAAGUUAUUUUUGAUCGAAACAAGGACAAAAGACCAUACCCGCAUAUAAAUCUUAAGGGCUUCAUAGUUGGGAACCCGGAAACAAAUGACUAUUAUGAUUGUAAAGGCCUUUUAGAGUAUGCAUGGAGUCAUGCAAUAAUUUCUGGUGAGCAGUAUUACAAGGCAGAAGCAGUCUGCAACUUUCGAAGCUCUAACUGGUCCGAUGAAUGCACUGAUGCCAUGUCUAAUGUAUUCAGUAUGUACGCUGAUAUUGAUAUCUAUAACAUCUAUGCUCCUAAGUGUCUUCUCAACGAUUCAUCGUCAGCAACUACUGAUAUCAAUCUUGUGCCGGAUAAGGAAAGAAGAUAUGGAAUGGGGAGCAUGAAGGUAAUCAUCCCCGGGGGUUAUGCUCCCUGCUAUUCCCCAUAUGCUGAGGAUUACUUCAAUAGGAUUGAUGUUCAAAAGGCUUUCCAUCGGACAUAUACUUAAUUCAUACAAUUACAAUACCUUUUCCAUACUGCCAGUUUAUGAAAAGCUAAUCAAAGGUGGGCUCAGGAUUUGGAUUUACAGUGGGGACGCUGAUGGGAGAGUACCAGUGAUUGGGACAAGAUAUUGCAUAGAAGAUCUCAAGCUUUCUCUGAUUUACCCGUGGCGCUCUUGGUUCAACAAUCAUCAGGUAGGAGGAAGGGUUGUUGAGUACAAUGGAUUGACAUUUGUGACAGUGAGGGGGGCAGGUCAUCUUGUACCUCUCAAUCAACCGAGUGAAGCUCUAGCACUUGUACAUUCCUUCUUGUCUGGUGAAGAACUCCCAACCCAUAGAUGACAAGUUCAAAUAAGCACCUGAGCUUAAAGUUCGAAUUUAGCCUGCCAUUUAACCGAUUUAAUGGCUAUUCUUAAAGUUCGAAUUUAGCAUGCCAUUUACAUGAACAAAUCUAUAAAUAUUUAGUUAUUCUUGCUUUAGUUGUAAUUGUAAAGUGAUACUAUAAGUAUUAAUAUAAUGACUCACACCCAUCAAGAGUGAUAUUCUCA